AGGCGCUGAAGUUCACGCACCGCACGCCGUACCGCGUGUGCCGCGUGUACGGCGGCGAGAAGGCGAAGGUGCAGAUGGAGGAGAUCGCCAAGGGCUGCGACGUCAUGGUGGCGACACCGGGCCGGCUCCAGGACUUCCUCGGCCGCGGGAUCGUAGAAGUCAAGAGGACCUUCGUCCUGGUGCUGGACGAGGCGGACCGCAUGCUGGACAUGGGUUUCGAGCCCCAGAUUAGGGAGAUCUGCGAGCAGCACGACAUGCCGAGCAAGGACAAGCGCCAGACCAUGGGCCGGCGGUUGUUCUCCGCCACUUUCCCGGAGAGCUGCCAGAAGAUGGCACAGGAUU